GUGCAUGCAUAGAUGUCGACACACCACGAAGUUACCAAGACUCGAUGACUGAAAACCAAGCGAUCUUAUGUCUGUUUUGAUAUAAAUCACUGCACUCCUCAAUCAUUACAUUAGGAAUCUGAACAGAUUAUGGUCCCUCAUUCUCUUUGAAAAUAUCAAACCAUAUAUGGUGCUAAACUAAACCCAGCCAGAUUGUCGCGUGAUCAAAAUAAUGCCGACUACUUCAAGGAAGCAGUCGGAAGUGGCGCCGACUGGUCAGGGAUACCUGAACAAACACGCGAAUGCGCUGAAGGGAUACCAGUCGCGUUUCUUCGUUAUAAACAUGGAACAUGGUAGACUGGAAUAUUUUCUGACCAAAGGACAAUUCACAGACACACCCAAUGAUUACAGAGGAUGCAUUCUCUUAGCUGGAGCAGAGGUGGCGCCCAGAGAAGAAGACAGUGUGUCGUUCAAUGUGUUCGGCGCCAGUGGUGAAGUGUUCCAACUGAAGGCGGACACUGCCAAAGACAGACAGAAGUGGGUGGAUGCUAUCAGAUCGGCAGUGCAGAAACUGAACGAGGCCACAAUUGACCCCCUGGCUGUGAAGCUGCCCAACAAGGAACCAUCACGAGGACUCAGUGGCAAAAAGAAGAAGAAAGUGCAAGAGGCGUCUAAGAGCACAUUCCUGCCCCCCACACAAGAGAUGGUGAACACGAGAGAGGCAAUAGCGGCAGCAGAGACAGCCCUGAACGAGAUGAGUGAGAUCAUCGCCAGCUACCCUGUCAAGGUCAUCGCCCCUUCUAGAGCUGAGAAAGAACAGACCCAGCAGAAUCCAAACCAGAGCCUCAAUUCAGAGGCCCCCUCUCAUAAGAAAGGAGGGGGAGGGGGAGAAUUGAGCAAGUACGAGGAGAUGCUGAAGAUCAAGGCCUUCUCAGUGGCCUGUCUGCAAGACCUCAAAGUGUGCUUCGAAGCAGUUCAAGCCGAGUACCUCCGAACACGUGCAAGCUGAAACGAGACUAGACCAACUGCAGACUGUAAUUCAAAUUAAAAGCGACUAUUACAGUGGUAGUCAGUCUAGCACUUGUAGUGUACCAUGUUUGGUGAAUAGUAAGCAAAACAAAUAUUUGUGAACGAUAUAAAUUAUAUAAUAUAUAUCGAAUCACCAAAAAAUGCGUGUACAAUUCUCGGCUAUGCGUAGUUGAAUAUAUUUAAUGAAAAACUAUCUUACUUUUCGCCUCUCUGAUUUUGUUUUAAAAUUUUUUUGCAGUUUCUGUUUUUGUUGUCAUCGUGAAAUCGUUUAUUGUUCUUCGUUGUUAAGAUAACAACUUAUUUAACAGACAGUUUAUUUAUUUUUCGAGUUUAAAUCAACCCAUUUGUCGUUAGAUGAAUAACUCGUAACAAUGAAGUCAAAUAAUGAAUCAAAUGUGAAGUCGACUCAUGGCAGCGGGUCUUCAAACAACCAGCAAAUGGCGAUGAACAGCAACUCGAACUCGACAAAUCACACGAAUGCUCGCAACUACAACGACUACCAGGACAAAAUGCUGUCGGAAGAAACGAAACAAUUGAUGGAAAUGUUUAACCGAAUGCUUAUUACGAUGCACGUGACUUAUAAAAUCGACACCAAAUUUUACCCAAGAGGGGGGACCUAUGAAAUUGUUGUGAUGCAUCAACCGGACGCUAAUUUUCUCUUCGGGUUAAUUAAAACGGAAGACAACAAGUCGAAAAUGAUGGCGAUUGUUCAACGAUUAAGCAGUGCGCCUAGAAAUCCGAUCUCAUUAAGCGAUACGUUCUGCUUUGCUUUAUUGGACAACAGUCCCUGCAGGGCUUAUAUCAUAUCACGUGACACCCGAAAGGCGAGACUGUUUUUCCUCGAUUGGGGCAACAUAGACCAUGUAGAUUUGGGAAAGUGUUACAAAAUCAAAGACGAAGCGAUGAAGAUUUGCCCCCUUUGCAUGCCGUUUGAGUUACGAGGCUGUCCUUGUAAUACUGCGCCCCCCGUUUUAACCCAACCGAUUACUCUGAAAGCGGAAGUGAGAUGUAUUAACGGCCCCAGGCGGACGAUAUUGGUGAAUGCUUUCUAUAACGACAGGCCUUACAACGAGUUGUUCAACGUCAUUGAUCCAGUGAAUAUCUCGACGUUAGAGAACAAUAGUAACCAUGGACUGGGAGUGAGUGGUAUCGACUCUGAAAGUGCUUCCGGCGAUACCGGAGGAAUUGGCGGUAUCAGUCAAGACUUGGACCAACUAAACCUUAACCACGACUUUCAAUUGCCAGAGAUAGAGAAAGGCUCCUCAAUAAUGAUUAAAGUAGUCUCGGUGAUAACGCCUUCUAGCUUCAUAUUUCAAACCACAGACGAAUACUUUCAGAAAGUGAUUAAAAUAUCUGUAAACCAGUUGAAACAGGUUAUAAACAAGGGUCAGCACCAAAUUGCAGCUAGUAAUCGAGAAACGUUCAUUAACCAGACGUUAAAAGCGGGUCAUACUGUUAUUGUUCACACGGAUAAAAUUCUUAGCAGAGCGCAUGUGCUGAAGGUAAUAGCUAAUGUUGCGGCGACUGGAGGUACAAGUAAUACCGUUGGAAACAGAAGUAGAAACAACAAUGUAAACAAUCAAGCUCUGAAUAGUUCGGAUAAAAGUACGAUGUUAGAAGUGAUUUUGCUUGAAACGGGAGAGAAAUGUAUCAUAACAACCGAUUGCGUGUAUCCAUGUCCCCGCGACUUGAGAAACAUACCUGGGCUAUUUUACAAGGGAUGUCUGAACAACAUCAAACCAGUGGGGGGACUUUCGUGGGACGCACGUGCCACCAGAUUAUUCGCCUCCAUGGUGGAAAACGUAGAAUUGGAGGCGAAGAUUGUUCACGUGGGAAGAUUGGCUAACAAACCAGUGAAUGUUCAUUUCAUGGACUUGUUUAUGGUGGACUCUUCGAAUAAUAACAAUAACACUAGCGUUUCAGUUGCUGAAAUUUUAGUAAAUAGUAAAGUUUCAGUCGCUUUUAGAUCUAAUUGAUGAUAAUGUGAUGUGGAUGUCAGUAGUCAUAUUCCCAUUCGAUGUUACAUUAUGCUACAGGUAAACAAUGAAGCUAGUUUAAUCUAAUCUAAAUUUCUCUAUUUUGACCCUAGUGUUCAAAUAUUCAACAUCUAUUUUCAUAACUUGGUGGUAUUAUGUGUACUAGAUCAUUAAUAUCGAUGUUUUUAAACGUUUGCUUCUACCGUUCAAAACGCAGCCUUAUUGCCGACAGCUAGCAAAUGUUUUUACAUUAGAUGUACAUAUUUAGUUGAAUACUAAUAUUUCUGCGGUUGCUUAAUAAAAUUCAGUGUCUCCGUUUCCA